AUGGCAGAGAGGCAACAGCAGAAACACGAAGGCAGGGUCAAAAUCGGCCAUUACAUCCUCGGAGACACGCUCGGUGUUGGCACGUUUGGCAAAGUGAAGAUCGGAGAACACCAGCUGACAGGUCAUAAAGUGGCUGUGAAGAUCUUAAACAGGCAGAAGAUCCGCAGUCUCGAUGUGGUGGACAAAAUCAAACGAGAAAUACAGAACCUCAAACUCUUUCGACAUCCACAUAUCAUCAAGCUGUACCAGGUGAUCAGCACUCCUACAGACUUCUUCAUGGUGAUGGAGUAUGUCUCUGGCGGUGAACUGUUCGACUACAUCUGCAAGCAUGGAAGAGUGGAGGACACUGAGGCUCGCCGCUUGUUUCAGCAGAUCAUCUCCGCCGUGGACUACUGCCACAGACACAUGGUGGUCCAUCGAGACCUCAAGCCUGAGAAUGUCCUGCUGGAUGCAAAUAAAAACGCCAAGAUUGCAGACUUUGGUCUUUCUAACAUGAUGUCAGAUGGAGAAUUCUUGAGGACAAGCUGUGGUUCACCCAACUAUGCAGCUCCAGAGGUCAUCUCCGGGAGAUUGUACGCGGGGCCGGAGGUGGACAUCUGGAGCUGUGGGGUGAUCCUGUACGCGCUGCUGUGUGGCACCCUGCCCUUCGACGACGACCACGUUCCCACUCUGUUUAAGAAGAUCAGAGGAGGGGUCUUCUACAUGCCCGAGUACCUGACCCGCACUGUGGCCUCACUGCUCAUGCUCAUGCUGCAGGUGGACCCUCUGAAACGAGCCACCAUCAAAGACAUCCGAGAGCAUGAGUGGUUCAAACAGGACCUGCCAGGGUACCUGUUCCCUGAGGACCCCUCCUACGACACCACGGUGGUGGACGAAGAGGCCGUCAGAGAAGUCUGUGAGAAGUUUGAAUGCACCGAGUCAGAGGUGGUGUCCAGUCUCUACAGUGGUGAUCCUCAGGACCAGCUGGCUGUCGCUUACCAUCUGAUCAUUGACAACCGGCGCAUCAUGACCCAGGCCAGUGAGUUCUACCUGGCAUCUAGUCCUCCACAGGGCUCCUUCAUGGAGGACGGGAUGCCCCUGCCUCCUGGAGUCAAGCCCCACCCAGAGAGAAUGCCCCCGCUGUUAGCUGACAGCCCCAAAGCACGGUGCCCCCUGGACGCCCUGAACACCACCCGCCCAAAACCUCUGACCGUGAAGAAGGCCAAGUGGCAUCUGGGCAUCCGCAGCCAGAGCAGGCCUUAUGACAUCAUGGCAGAAGUCUAUAGAGCAAUGAAACAACUCAACUUUGACUGGAAGGUGGUGAACCCCUAUCACCUGAGAGUGAGGAGGAAAAACCCCGUCACAGGAAACCUGGUGAAGAUGAGCCUGCAGCUGUACCAAGUGGACAGCCGGUCCUAUCUGCUCGACUUCAAAAGCAUCGAUGAUGACAUUGCGGAGGCGGUGGGCUUUAAGUCGGGCUCGUCCACUCCCCAGCGGUCAGGCUCAGCGACUGGUCUCCUGCGGCCUCGCCUCAGUAUAGACUCGGUCAGUCCGGCCGUGGACCUGUCCCAGCUCAGUUCAUCUCUGCCUGGCUCCCUUUCCAUGUCCCUGUCCCUGUCCUGCAGUGCCCCCCAGCUGGCCCCCCGACAGGGCUCUCACACCAUGGACUUCUUUGAGAUGUGUGCCAGCCUCAUCACGACCCUGGCACGCUAA